AUGUCGGACGAUUCGUCGUCUGAAGAUGAGAUCACAAAGCGGAUACUCAAAGACUCAAUCGACACUGAUCUACUAACCAACGACCUAUACAGCAAUAGCCCCACCGAGAAGCCGUCAGACAAAAUUAAAAGUAUCAAUGCUGCACGAGUUAAGCCAUCUCUUAGGUAUAUUAUCGAAGACGAUGGACAUAAUCAUAAUUUUAUCAAGGUGACUCCAGAAUUUCAAGAAUUUGUUGCUAAAAGCUUAUUCAAACAUUUAGAAAGCCAAAUAAUUGAAAAAAAAAAAAAACAUAAAAAACUCAAAAUAGACAAUACUGAUGUAUCAAAAGGAAUUCAUUUAUUCAAUGGAUCACCUAAAUUACUCUUUUCUCCAUUAGACGAAUCCACAACUGGAAUAAAGAGAAAACGUCAUCUUAAAAAUACCAGUGAUGAAGUCAUAUUACAACGUGCUUCUGAAACAGCCGUGUCAUCUGAAUGGAUAUUAAACAGAGAUGCUGUUCAAGGUUGGGAAAAAGUUACCAAAGGAAAAAUUAUGAAAGUUAAAAGUAACCGUGAAGGUACAUUUGAUAUAAUCAAUGAUGAAGUAUAG